AAGGUAGUCAAGGAAUUUUUGUUCAGACUUUAGAAGUUGUACACAUUUUGUUUGAGUACAUACAUCAUUAACCAGCUAGCGCAUGCGUGUUGGCGUGUAUCGAUAGAACGUUCAAUAACUACUUUACCUGCUGUAAAAAUGAUGGAACCGUUUGAUUGGUAAUAACACAUUGGCCAGAUUCUGUAGACAACGUUUAAAUAUUUCUGUUUGGUCGUUCGUAAAAAGAAGAUCAAAAUGAAUUUUAGAAACAUAAUUGUUGUUGCUUUUGCUUUGUUUGCUGUGUUAUGGUCGACCGAGGCUGCAAGUCCUGCAACAGCUCGUAUCCAUAGACAUUCAUUGUUGAUACCAAAUGUGGUAAUACAAGAAAUGGAUGUGAAAUUUUGCACGGCUAUAAAAUUGAACCCAGGAAAAUCGUAUGAAAUCACUAAGUUGGAAACAACAGUGUCCAGCAACGUCACUCAUCAUAUGUUCAUGUACGGCUGUCCCGAACCUGCCAGCAAUGAUCGCGUUUGGAAUUGCGGAGGAACCCUGUCAACCGCACGAAAAGAAGUUUUCACCAAGGCAAAGCCGUGCAAAGCUAAUCCAACCCCCUACCAUUAUUGGGCCAGAGACGGAUCUACCUUGAAAUUCCCUCACGGAGUCGGGUCUAUGGUCGGAGGUAAUUCGACGGCCAAUUACUUAGUGCUGCAGACUCACUACUUGAGGCAGGAAGAAUAUGACGUUUUGGACAGUUCCGGAGUACAUGUUUUUUACAAGAACAAUUAGUGAAAAUUACAGAUUUCGAGUAAAUUUUUUCAAUUUUGUUGUUAAUGAAAACUAUGAAAUGCGUAUUAAUAGAUUAUUUAUUUUUAAAAACAAGUUUACUUUAUAAUAAAAGACAUUCGAUUUUCA